UUUUAAUGAACUGACAGUUUAUUACUAAUUAUUAUUUUGAGUGUAAAUAGCUAAAAUAAUUUGGCUCCCCAAUAAUUUAAUUAUAUAUAACUAAGUAAUUCUGAAUUAUAAUUAUGUUUAUUUAAUAAACGUGAUAAAUAUUAAUGUUUCUCAAGAAGUUUUAAGGAUUAAAAAUGGCCAAUCGUACGGUAAAAGAUGCAAAAUGUGUACACGGUACGAAUCCGCAAUAUUUAAUUGAAAAAAUUAUCAGAUCAAGAAUAUACGAUUCCAAAUAUUGGAAAGAAGAAUGUUUUGCCCUUACAGCCGAAUUAUUAGUCGACAAGGCUAUGGAAAUACGAUAUAUUGGUGGAGUUAGUGGCGGUAACAUUAAACCUUGCCCAUUUUUGUGUUUAACAUUAAAAAUGUUACAAAUUCAACCAGAAAAAGAUAUCGUUGUAGAAUUUAUAAAAAAUGAAGAAUUCAAAUAUGUUCGAGCAUUAGGAGCGUUUUAUAUGAGACUAACUGGUACAUCUUUAGAUUGUUAUAAAUAUUUAGAACCAUUAUUCAAUGAUAAUCGUAAACUUCGAAGGCAAAAUCGAAAUGCACAAUUUGAAUUAAUACAUAUGGACGAAUUUAUCGAUGAAUUGUUACGGGAGGAACGAGUGUGUGAUGUAAUAUUACCGCGAAUUCAAAAACGACAUGUACUUGAAGAGAAUAAUGAAAUAGAACCAAAAAUUUCGGCUUUAGAUGAUGAUUUAGACGAAGAAAUGGUUAGUGAUGAUGAUGAUGCUAAAGUCGAACAAAAAUACUCUUUAGAUGAAGUACAUCAUUCUAAAAAUAAAGAAGAGAGAAGUAAUCACAGAGAAGAAAAACGUGAAAAAGAACGAGAUCGUGAGCGUGAAAGAAGGCAUAAGGAGAGAGAACAUCGUUCAGAAAAGAAACAUAGGGAGAAAGAAAAAGAAAGAGAUCGUAGCCGAGAACGUCGUCGAGAAAAACGAGAAAGAGAGAAUCGUGGCCACAGAGAUACUCGGGAAGAUGACAGAGAACGAAGAAGAGAUAGGGAGAACAGAGAUCGUAGAUAUUAAUUUAAUGUACCGUGUGGAA